UAAAAAAAAUCGACUUGCCUGCCGAGCGACCGAAGAGUACGACGACGAUGACAGUUUAGAUUACAGGAAUACACUUAAAGGAACAGAACCGCACGAUGCGCGACUCGAAGAGACGGCCGAAGUCCGCGGGUCGCUGCGUGGCGAUCGUGAGCAGGAGUCAUCCGGCCCACGGCGCCUCGGGCGUGCUCUUGAACGACGGCUGGAUCCUGAGCCACGGAUCGCUGCUCGCGCCGUAUCUGCGCGUCCGCGAGGCCCGCCGAGACAGAGACGUCGACGACGAGCUGGGGGAUUUUUUCGACAACGAGGUCGCCGCGGACGGCUCGAUCGCGCGGCUGCCCGACCAUCUGCAGGAUUAUCUUCGAUUCGCGGUGCACGUCCGAUCGAGCGAAGGAGAUGUUCGAGAGGACGAGGCAAGCUGUAAGCUCGAGUCCGCCUGGAGAUGUCCGCUGCUGCGCGAGAGCUUCGGCGGCGAUCUGCUUUUCUCCUGGAAUUUCGCUAAGUCGUCGAGCGGCAGCGGCAGCAUCCGAUCGAUGCUUUCGUUGUUUUUGCUCUUGAGAAUGGACUCGGACGAGCAGAGGGACUCGGUCGUCGGUUCCGACGCUGCCUUGAGCCGAUUCUACUGGGAGAAUUUCGAGCCGGGCGUGCCGGCGCUGCCGUGCCGAGGCGACCCGCUGGAAAUCGAGUCGACGCCCUUCGGCAAUCCGACCUUUCUCGGCUCCGUGUCGAGGGGCAUACUGAGCAACGCCGUCGGCGAGUGCGACUGUCUGCUCGUCACCGACGCUAUGGCCGUGCCCGGCUCCGAGGGUGCGCCCGUCUACGCUCUCCAGUCGAAAAAGAAACGUCGACUGUGCGGCAUGGUAAUAGCGCCGCUGAGCUGGUGUCGCGGCGAAUGGGUCGACUUCACUUUCGCCGCUAAUUUGCGCGCCUGCCUGGCCGUCCACGCCAGCGUCGAGCUCGGCGCAUCGUCUUCGUCGUCGUUGCUGCUCGCGCGAGAAAACAAAUGGGCCAGCUCGAGUGCACUUCUGCCCGAGAUGCUGGAUCGCAGCCUGGUCGUGGUGAAAUGCGGACCCAAUUGGGGCACCGGUGUAGUCCUCGACGUGCCGAGCGGCACGAUCAUCACCUGUUCCCACGUCGUUCGCGAGGCGAGCGGCGGACGAGUUAAAAUAGCUCGAGUCGGCGAGACCGAGGACAGCGACGAUGCCAGCUGGAGCAUCGACGGCGACGACGGUGGCGGCCUCACAGCCAAAGUCAUUUACAGGACGAGAGACGGGCAGCCCUACGAUUUGGCCGUGCUGAAACUCGAGCCCGCGCAAUUGGAUCUCAAGGCGCUACGCAUGGCCCGUGGACUGACCAAAAAAGGCGCGUCGGUGCUUGCGGCGGGAUAUCCGUUCUUCGGCUCGGAGCUGUCGGCCAGCUGCAGCCUGGGUACAGUGUCGCGCUCCGAGCCGGCGAUCCUGCAGACGACCUGCUGCGUGCAGAGCGGCAGCAGCGGCGGCCCCGUGCUCGCCUGUGGCGGCGGUAGUCUCGCGCCGCCCGAGAUCGUCGGCAUCGUCGUGUCCAACGCCGUGACGGCCAGCGGCGAUCCCAGCGCCAGGCGGCUCUAUCCGCGAUUCAACAUGGCCGUGCCGGUCGAGGCCUUCAGAGAGCCCCUGCGACGUUACAUAGAGACCGAAGAUGUCCGGCACUUGGAGGAGCUUUCGACUAAUGAUCCUGGUGCCAAGGAAACCUGGAGUUUAUACUUGACGCCUAGAUCUAAGAUUUAGACUUUCAUAAAUAAUCAUGGGUAUGGAGUAUAUUGUAGGUUUUGUUGAUUACUCUAUUUUGGUGUGGUACUUCAAAGAGAUUUUUAAUUUACUCAUGGCUGAAUGUGACAGCUACGUCCAAAUAUGUGUAAGAUGAAAAUAACUUUUUUUAUGAAUUUUUUCCUCUUUUAUUUCAAAUACAACCGUUUCUACAAAAAUAGAAAAUUACAUACUAUUCGUAUGCUUACAUUUUAAUGACUGUUUUUUUUAUUUAUUGAUUUAUUUUUUGAGAAAAAAAAUUAUCGAUGGAUAAUUUGUCUGUAUUAAAUUUAACCACGUUGACAGUGUUUUAAUUUAAAUUAAUUCCGCUGUAUCGUUUGAUAAAAUGUUCAUUUUUGACUUCGUCAUUUCUUAACAGAACUUUUUGGUAUAAUUAGACUUUUAAAUUGUAUAAUUAAGCUAUUUUUAAUUUAAACUUUUUUUUAAGGAAUUGUGAAUCACUCUUUGAUCGUUUCCUGAGUUGAGAUUUUAUCACACCUAUCGAAUUAAUCAAAAUGUUAGUAAAGAAAAGUUCAAAAUGACUCAUUUGAGAGUAAAUUAUAGAAAAGAAUCAUCAAGCAUAUUAUCACUAUCUUUUUAUUACAAAUAACUUUUAAUUUCAUGUCAAAAACCAGUUUUGAUAAAGCUGGAAGUCAACAAAUAUAUUAAUUCACACUUGUGUAGAUUGGUUUAUAAUUCACUAACAAAUUGAUUAAAAAUCGAUGAACUUUCGGUUUUAGAAAUUUUAGUUCGAAAUUUUAUUUUUUACCAAUUUUUGGUAGAACUAAACAAUAGUCAAAUAUGGAAUGUUAUACUUCACACAAAUUGAAUAACUCUUUUCCUAAAAUAGAUUCAAACAUUGAUCUAUCUUAUCAUUCAAGUCGUAGUAGUUCAAUACAUUUUCCGUGAAAUUGACACUAAAUAUAAUUUUAUAAGCAUAUUUCAUAGCUUGCAAUUAAAUAUUAAGAUUUUAAGUGAAUAGGCCCUAGAGAUAGGCUUAGUGUACGUGUAUGGAACAUUCCAGAUGAAAGAAUAACAAUAUCAAUGACAUACUUUUUUAUAAGCCGUUUAAAUUAUUUACAAAAUUUGCUCUAGUGCCGAUAUUUUGAAUGUAAUAUUUGGUUACAUGUGUCAUUUUUCAACGAACCAAGUUUAAGUGAAGAAAGGGUAAAAAGUGAUAGAGACAUUUUACAUCGCACCUUGAGGACGGCAUCUGAAUCUUGAGACAUUUAUGUGACAUUUAAGUUGAAAUAAAUGUAUGAUGUAUUUAAUAAAAAUCAAUUUAGGUCACAAAAA